AUGAAUCAGGACCAGAGUUUGAACCUGAGCCAGAAUGAACUGGUAGUGCCAUCAGGUCCUGAUGAACUUGAUCCAGAUGAGCUAGCAGAGCCACCGGAUCCUCCAGCUCCUGCAGAACCACCUGACGAAGCACCUGCGGAGCCUCCAGCUGAAGCGCCGGCAGAACCAGAAGAGCCAGCAGAACCACCAGCUGAAGCGCCAGCAGAACCACCAGCUGAAUCACCUGCUGAACCAGAAGAGCCAGCUGAAGCGCCAGCAGAACCGCCAGAGGAAGCACCAGCGGAACCUGAAGAACCAGCGGAACCUCCGGCUGAAGCACCAGCAGAUCCACCAGACGAAGCACCAGCGGAACCAGAAGAACCGGAAGAACCUCCGGCUGAUGCACCAGCAGAACCACCAGACGAAGCACCAGCGGAACCAGAAGAACCGGAAGAACCUCCGGCUGAUGCACCAGCAGAACCACCAGACGAAGCACCAGCGGAACCAGAAGAACCGGAAGAACCUCCGGCUGAUGCACCAGCAGAUCCACCAGACGAAGCACCAGCUGAAGCGCCAGCAGAACCACCAGCUGAAGCACCUGCUGAACCAGAAGAGCCAGCUGAAGCGCCAGCAGAACCUGAAGAACCAGCGGAACCUCCGGCUGAAGCACCAGCAGAUCCACCAGACGAAGCACCAGCGGAACCAGAAGAACCGGAAGAACCUCCGGCUGAUGCACCAGCAGAUCCACCAGACGAAGCACCAGCUGAACCACCAGACGAAGCACCGGCUGAACCUGAAGAACCAGCGGAACCUCCGGCUGAAGCACCAGCAGAUCCACCAGACGAAGCACCAGCGGAACCAGAAGAACCGGAAGAACCUCCGGAUGAAGCACCAGCAGAACCACCAGACGAAGCACCUGCUGAUCCAGAAGAGCCAGCUGAAGCGCCAGCAGAACCGCCAGAGGAAGCACCAGCGGAACCAGAAGAACCGGAAGAACCUCCAGCUGAGGCACCAGCAGAACCUCCAGACGAAGCUGAACCAGAGGAGCCUGCAGAUCCACCAUCUGAAGAACCAGCGGAACCAGAAGAACCGGAAGAACCACUAGAUGAGGCACCUGCUGAACCGCCUGUCGAAGCACCUGCUGAGCCAGAAGAACCGGAAGAACCACUAGAUGAGGCACCUGCUGAACCGCCUGCCGAAGCACCUGCUGAGCCAGAAGAACCGGAAGAGCCACCUGAAGAAGCACCUGCGGAUCCGCCAGAAGAAGCUCCUGCUGAACCUGAAGAACCUGAAGAGCCACCGGCUGAUGCACCAGCUGAACCGCCAGCUGAAGCACCUGCUGAGCCAGAAGAACCGGAAGAGCCACCGGACGAAGCACCGGCUGAACCAGAAGAGCCACCAGAAGCACCUGCCGAACCAGAAGAUCCAGCAGAUCCACCAGCCGAAGCACCAGAUGAACCACCCGAUGAGCCUGUUGUUCCAGAGGCACCCGCUGAUCCAGAAGCACCUGCAGUACCUGAACCGCCUGUUGAACCUGAAGCUUGA